AAUCGGUGUCUUCUGGCAUGAUUUAGUUGGUCGUCGAACGCGGACGCGGUUUGUGCAGCAGCUGGAGUUAAACGCAGGUGGAGUCACAUGAUUUCCGGGAAGCUGCCAUUCGCUGAACCACAGGCGAAAUAAAUAUCGCAGGGGAAUACCUCUUGAAUGUGCCAUUUGUGGGUGACUUUAAUUUCAAUAAAGAUGGCGAGCCCAUCGCUAAGCGUUUGCAUUCUAACACGAUGGCUGCUGACGCUGUGCUCCAUCAGUACUUGCCAGGACAUCGGAUACCCUGUACUCACCUCAUCCCCAUCGAGUUAUAUAUGUUCUGGAUGUUAUAGCUCAGAAGUACUUACGCGGACUCCGUCGCAGUCGCUGCUGACCCGAUUCUGGUCCGCACGUCAACGCUCGGCCCUCAACGUUCACCUUGAUAUGACUGCUCAUUAAUAUUCUUACAUCUCAGUCCCCUGAAUCUCACCUGGAGGGAGGGCUUGAUACAAAGGCGAUCUCCCCGGUCAAAUCUGGAUGUCGGAACUGGAUGGGUUGUGCGUUUCGUUGCCGGGGGAGCGAGACCUAGGCGAGAGGGAUCUAAGGCUGCACCUGAUUUUGGGGCUCUCGCAUUCGCAUUGGGAGACUGAGACUCAUGAUUCAGUACUGGUAAAUACUAAGGCUACGUACAUGCAUAG